CUUCUUUAUAGAGCCCAUGGACCAAAGAGUGAUCUCACAGUUGGUGUGACCUCGAGACGUGUGUCUGGAUCUUCUCAACCGUGAGAUCACUCUAUGAUUUAUGGGCUCUAUGAAAAGUAUGAAGAGGAUCCAAAUCCAUAAUCCGGGAGAGGGUCCAGCGGUCCAAUGAGGCAAUGACUGAAGCGUAGACGCAAGUCUUCGUUCGAAACACUUUCUUUUGAGAAUUUUACAAGGACUAGCAGUGGCCAUGGAAACACAUUCGCAUGGUUUAUUGGUGGGUCCCAAAAACCCCAAUUUCUACUUUUAUGUGAGAGCGGAGCCUUACAUAAAGGUUUCAGAUUUCCUGCCGUGUGAGGUAGAGAUACUCUAGUAGUUGUUGUGUUUUGUCUCUCUGAAGAAUAAGCGCUCGAAGGCGAAACCUCUGCGUGACCACUGGUUUCUGAUCAAAUUUGCAUUUUCUAAGUCCUCGAUAUGAGUCAUCAUCCUCCAUGAUUGAGUUAGUCCAUUUAAUUGGGUUUUAUUAUUUUUUCUCAUUUUCUUAAAGGCAAAAAGACUCUGCGUUUUUUUUCCAUUCAUCCAUUCUAUAAAACCGAAUGGAUGGCCUUCUCUCAGUAGGUCUCUCCACACUCCCUCUGCAAGAAGGGAGAAAAGAUGGGUCUUAAUCUUAUUGCAGUGUUCUUGGGUGUCUACCUCUUGGUCUCUCUCCAACCCACCGUCACAGAUGCCCAAAUAUUAUUUCAGGGGUUUAAUUGGGAAUCGUGGAAGACGGCAGGAGGAUGGUACAGCUCACUGAAGAACUCCAUUCCUGAUUUGGCAAAUGCUGGAGUCACACAUGUUUGGCUUCCUCCAUCUUCUCAAUCAGCUGCAGACCAAGGGUAUCUGCCAGGAAGAUUGUAUGAUCUGAAUGCAUCAAAAUAUGGAAAUCAGGAUGAACUGAAGACACUGAUAAAGGCUUUCCAUGACAAGGGAAUCCAGUGCAUUGCAGACAUAGUCAUAAACCAUAGAACUGCAGAGAAGAAAGAUGGGAGAGGGAUAUGGUGCAUCUUUGAGGGAGGAACCCCAGAUGAUCGUCUCGACUGGGGCCCACAUUUCAUAUGUAGUGACGACACACAAUAUUCUGAUGGGACAGGGAAUCCUGACUCAGGGGCUGCCUUUGAAUAUGCUCCAGACAUUGACCACCUCAACCCAAGAGUCCAAAGAGAGUUAUCAGAUUGGAUGAAUUGGCUGAAGACUGAAAUUGGUUUUGAUGGAUGGAGAUUUGAUUUUGCAAAGGGAUACUCUCCAGCUAUUACAAAGGUCUAUAUGGAACAAACAAAGCCAAGUUUUGCCGUUGGAGAGAUUUGGAAUUCUCUUGCUUACGGUCAGGAUGGAAAACCAGAGUAUGAUCAGGAUUCCCACCGUGGUGCAUUAGUGGAAUGGGUACAAGCUGCAGGAGGGGCUGUGACAGCCUUUGAUUUCACAACCAAAGGGAUCCUUAAUUCUGCGGUGCAAGGAGAGUUGUGGCGGAUGAAGGAUUCAAAGGGAGGGCCACCAGGAUUGAUUGGGCUCUUGCCAGGUAAUGCUGUAACUUUCAUCGACAAUCAUGACACAGGGUCCACCCAGCAGCUUUGGCCUUUUCCAUCUGACAAAGUCAUGCAGGGAUAUGUUUACAUUCUCACUCACCCUGGGAUACCUUCCAUAUUCUAUGAUCACUUCUUCGACUUCGGACUGAUGGAACAGAUUAAAAAAGUAUCUGCAAUAAGGUCAAGGAAUGGGAUCAAACCAAGUAGCACCGUGCGUAUUAUUACUUCUGAAUCUGAUCUGUAUGUAGCUGCGAUUGACGGGAAAGUUAUUGCCAAGAUUGGUUCAAGAUAUGAUGUCGGGGACGUUAUUCCCUCAACGUUCCAGAUUUCUACCUCUGGGGAGAAUUACUGUGUGUGGGAGAAAAAACAGUGAUGAGUUGCAGGUUGUCAUUGAGAUAACAAUGAUAAGCAUAGGCAAAAGAUACUAAGAAAAGGUGUACCAAGUACUAACCAAAGGUUUAAGAAUAAGAUCAACUUUACAUUAUGUUAUGGUCAUAAUAUUGAAAGAUGGUUUCUUAAAACCAGCAAUACUGAGUGCGAAUACAAAUACAUGUAUUCUUAAUGAAAUUAAAGAGCUUGAAUUAGUCAUUCAAAAUUGAGUCUUGA